ACUCUCUUCUGAGGAAACGAAACUGAUCUGAGUCUCUGUGUCGUCUGUCUGUGUGAGAGUGAACAACCGUCCAAAUGGCUCAACAGGGAGUUCUGCUGGACCAGGACCAGUUCUGUUGUUCUGUCUGUCUGGAUCUACUGAAGGAGCCGGUCACUACUGCCUGUGGACACAGUUAUUGUAGGAGCUGUAUUGAGGGCUGCUGGGAUCAGGAUGAUCUGAAAGGGGUCUAUAGCUGUCCUCAGUGCAGACAUACCUUCCCUACAAGGCCUAUGCUGAUGAAAAAUAACAUGUUGGCUGAGGUGGUUGAGAAACUGAAGAAGACAGGACUCCAGGCUGCUCCCCCUCCUGCUCUGUGCUAUGCUGGACCUGGAGAUGUGGCGUGUGAUUUCUGCACUGGGACCAGAAAGCAGAAAGCCCUCAUGUCCUGUCUGGUGUGUCUGGCCUCUUACUGUGAGACUCACCUCCAACCUCACUAUGAAUUUCCUGCAUUGAAGAAGCACAAGCUGGUCAAAGCCACGGCACAACUACAGGAGAAGAUCUGCUCUCAUCAUGACAAACUGCUGGAGGUUUACUGUCGUACCGAUCAGCAGUGUAUCUGUUAUCUGUGUACAAUGGAUGACCAUAAAGGCCAUGAUACAGUGUCAGCUGCAGCAGAGAGGACUGAGAAACAGAGGCAGCUGGGGAUGAGUCAGCAGAAGGUCCAGCAGAGAUUCCAGGAGAGAGAGAAGGAGCUGAAGGAGCUCCAACAGGCUGUGGAGUCUCUCAAGCGCUCUGCACAGUCAGCAGUGGAGGACAGUGAUCAGAUCUUUACUGAGCUGAUCCGCUCCAUUGAGAGAAGGAGCUCUGAGGUGAAGGAGCUGAUCAGAGCCCAAGAGAAGGCUCAUGUGAGUCAAGCUGAAGGACUCCUGGAGCAACUGAAGCAGGAGAUAGCUGAGCUGAGGAAGAGAAGCACUGAGCUGGAGCAGCUCUCACACACAGAGGAUCACAUCCAUUUCCUCCAGAGUUAUCAGUCUCUCUCCAGUAUCAGUAUAUCUUCAGACUUACCCAGCAUCGUUGUCCGUCCUCUUCAGUACUUUGGAGAUGUGAGUAAGACUGUGUCUGAACUGAGAGAGAAACUAGAAGACUUCCUUAAAGGAGAAUGGACCAAGAUCUCCACUACAGUGAAUAUAGUGGAUGUUGUACUGCCUCCAGAGCCCAAGACCAGAGAACAGUUGUUACAAUAUUCCUGUCAGCUCACACUGGACCCAAACACAGCAAACUCACUCCUCUCUCUGUCUGAAGGGAACAGAAAGGUGACCUAUACAGGCCAGGACAAACCAUAUCCUGACCAUCCAGACAGAUUCACCAACCAGUACCAGGUUCUGUGUAGAGAGGGUCUGUCUGGGCGCUGUUACUGGGAGACGGAGUGGACUGGUGAUGUUUAUACAGCAGUCUCAUAUAAAGACAUCAGCAGAACAGGGACAUAUAGUGUAUUUGGACACAAUAACAAGUCCUGGAGUUUACAUUACUAUAGUGGUGGUUAUUGUUUCAGACACAAUAAUGUUGUGACUAAAGUAUCAGGCCCUCAGUCCUCCAGAGUAGGAGUGUACCUGGAUCACAAGGCAGGUACUCUGUCCUUCUACAGUGUCUCUGACACAAUGACCCUCCUCCACAGAGUCCAGACCACAUUCACUCAGCCCCUCUAUCCUGGGUUUUAUCUCGAUGAUUAUUAUGGUACUGCUGAGCUGGUUAAACUGUAGUAGGGUCCACAUAGAUACUAGUCAUGCUGGUGUAGUCUAUAGCUGAGCUGGUUAAACUGUAGUAGGGUCCACAUAGAUACUAGUCAUGUUGGUGAAGUCUA